AUGGACGGCCGGUCUGUUCUCACCGGCAGCUUUGACCAUCGAGUCAGGGAGCUCCUUCUCAAGAAACUCAGCCCGGGCAACGCGCCAACCAGGAUGGAAGUCUCAGCAUGUGUCGGCGGGUCCCGUGACUGGAGAACACGUAAAAUCGGCCAGGCCCAGGCGCUCCAGGACCCAAUCCUCUCUGUGGCUGAUCAGGUGCCCCGCCAUUUUCCACUGGCCCCGGAACGCCAACCCCAGACACCAAACUCGCAGCGCCGGACUGAAGCAUUCUCUGACCUGGUCACGGGGUCACGGAGAGAUUGGUAUUGGCGCUCAACGGCGCCGCUGCAAGUGUUCAUCCCUGCCAAGAAAAUCCAGACCGUCUCCGAAUGCUCCACGUUUGGGACUGCGUUGCCAUGA